GUCCAGGCGGAAGCGGGUCUUGUUGCCUGGGCGACGAAGCGGUGCGCUGGAGAGGCUGCUCCCGCGGCCACUGGAAGCCGGAAGAGGCGGGGCCACCGGGUCUCGCGCGGCCGCGGUGGGGCUCGCAGGUGUCCGGCCUCUGGUCCCCAGGCUGACAAGCAUGAAGCUCCUGUGCGUGGUGGCCGUGGUCGCCUGUUUGCUGGCGCCUCCAGCCCAAGCCAACAAGAGCUCUGAAGAUAUCCGCUGCAAAUGUAUCUGUCCACCGUACAGAAACAUCAGCGGGCACAUUUAUAACCAGAACGUGUCGCAGAAGGACUGUACCUGCCUGCACGUGGUGGAGCCCAUGCCCGUGCCCAGCCGCGACGUGGAGGCCUACUGCCUGCUGUGUGAGUGUGAAUACGAGGAACGCAGCACCGCCACCAUCAAGGUCAUCAUUGUCAUCUACCUGUCGGUGGUGGGGGCCCUGCUGCUGUACAUGGCUUUCCUGAUGCUGGUGGACCCGCUGACCCGGAAGCCAGACGCGUACACAGAGCAGCUGCACAACGAGCAGGAGAACGAGGACGCUCGCUCCGUGGCUCCUGCCAUGGCCUCCCUCGGGGGACCCCGCGCCAACACAGUCCUGGAGCGCGUGGAGGGCGCCCAGCAGCGCUGGAAGCUGCAGGUGCAGGAGCAGCGCAAGACCGUCUUCGACCGGCACAAGAUGCUCAGCUAGGUGGCCGUGCGGCCGGGGCUGGACGGGCCAGGGGCCGCGGCCGCCCUCAGUGCCACCCCUGCGUCUGCCCUGUAAAAGCUCGGGCUUCUCUCCUCCUCCUCUCUGUAGAAAGGGUCUCCACUGAUUUAGUCGGGAAGACGGCUGGGUCCUGGCCUCUGGCUGCCUCGUCAGCUCAUUGGGGUUGAGGCCGGGACGGCAGGCCAGGAGGGAAGGGAGGAGUUUCCUGGGGCCUGUCUGUGCCCCGGCUCCAAAUCUCGGGGCCGGUCUUCCCCCAUGGACGGCGGAGCUGGGCCCCCAUGACUGCGUGGGGACAGCCAGCCCGGCCUUCAGCAUGCACCCCCUUCCUCUGUGCGUCCUGUGGCCGCCUCCCUCCCAACCCCAGGACCUCACGGUGGCUGUGCUGGGACUGUUGACCCCACUGAGUCCCUCCGCUAGGGUCUUAGGGCACACCUGGACACUCGUCCGCUUCCUCCUCCCCUGCACACGCCCCGACGCGUGGGGGGCCGUGCCCCUUGCUCACCCUGUGGCCUGGCCCCCCGCCCCCCUCAGGGAACCAAGCAGGCCCCCACGUCUGCAGUUCCUGAGCCAGGGAGUCGGGGACCGUGGGACACGCCAGGCCAGGCUGCGGCUCUGAACGCCGUGGCUCCGGUCCUUGGAUCCCCACUUGUCCCUGAAUGUCAUUUCUCCAGAGCAUGGAGAGAGGUGUGUACCCUCCCGGUGCCUGUGAGUCAAGGAGGCCAUCAUUAAACUGCCUUCUCUCACUUUCUGGAUUUUAAGAGA